AUGUUGUACAAAUACACAAAAGAGUGUGCGCUCAAGGAACUGAAUUUUGUGAAGGAAGUACACAUAAAGGAACCCAUAGAAAAGGAAGUAAAUCCUCACUUAUUACCAGGUGAACUGCUGCUUUGCGAGGCAAGCACGGUAUACAAGUAUAUACAAGAAGAUGGGUCAAAUCGUGGCACCUAUGGGAAACUUGUAUGCACAAACUUCAAGAUUGCUUUCCUUGACGAUGAUUCUGCUUCAGAUGAUAAUGAGCCACAAUUUAAGAAUAAGAUCGUAGGAGAAAAUGACAUAACCCUGCAAUGUGUAGAUCAAAUCUAUGGAGUUUAUGAUGAGAAAAAGAAACUUCUAACUGGACAACUGAGAAAAUACCCAGAGAAGCUAAUUAUCUACUGUAAAGACCUUAGAGUAUUUAAUUUCUGCCUGAGAUACACAAAAGAAGAGGAAGUGAAAAGAAUCGUCAGUGGUAUAGUUCAUCAUAGCCAGACUCCUAAGCUCCUUAAACGCUUGUUUCUGUUCUCUUAUGCAUCAGCUGCCCCAAACAACACAGACGGAAGAAACCAAACUGUGAUGUUUGAUACUCUUGAGGACUGGCGUGAUGAGUUGGAGCGGACCAAAGGGAAUGUGAAAUACAAAGCAGUGACUACCAAUGAAGGCUACAGAGUCUCUGAAAACCUACCUGAAAAACUAGUUCUACCAGUCUCAAAGGAAAAUGAAGUUAAAUAUUUGCUACAAGGAAUACCUAUUUGGUGUUGGUCUUGCCAUAACGGUGCUGCUCUUCUCAAAAUGUCUGCAUUUCCCAAAGAACAGGAUGACAGCACUUCACAAAUGCAAAAAGCCUUCUUGGAUGGAAUCUAUAAGACAAUUAGCAAACCUCCCUAUGAACUCCUGAAGACGGAUGACUUGUCAAGCAGCCUUCCAUCACUGCAAGAUAUCCAGACUGCAUACACAAGAUUCAAACAGCUGUUUUUGAUAGAUAACAGUACAGACUUCUGGGCAACUGAUGUGAAAUGGUUUUCAUUACUGGAGAGCACUAACUGGCUGGAGAUAAUCAGGCGAGUCUUGAAGAAAGCAAUAGAAGUUGCUGAGUGUCUGGAAAGACAGCAUACAAAUGUUCUCCUUAUAGAAGAGAGUGCUACUGAUCUGUGCUGUGUAAUCUCUAGUCUCGUUCAAGUGAUGAUGGAUUCAUACAGCAGAACAAAGUCAGGGUUUCAAAGCCUUAUUCAGAAGGAGUGGGUUAUUGGAGGACAUGGCUUUUUGGAUCGUUGUAACCACUUACAUAAAAGUGACAAAGAGGAGGCUCCCGUUUUUCUGCUCCUGCUAAAUUGUGUUUGGCAGUUGGUACAACAGUAUCCUCCAGCGUUUGAGUUCACAGAAACUUACUUAACUGUCUUGUCAGACAGCCUCUAUGUGCCUAUUUUUAGCACUUUCUUCUUCAACUCGCAACAUCAAAAAGACACUAAUACGAGUGGUGAAAGCCUCAAGACACAAAGCGGCCCUUUCAAAUUUCUUACUGUGUGGGAUUGGUCUGUGCAGUUUGACCCCAAGGCCCAGGCUUUCCUGAACAACCCGCUUUAUGCAGAGAAGCCAAAACCAGAUAAAAGUCAACGGAAAACUGCACGAUUCAAACAUCAACGGCAACUUUCUUUGCCAUUGACGCAAACAAAAUCUUCCACGAAGAGAGGAUUUUUCAGGGAGGAAACAGAUCAUUUAAUUAAAAACAUUCUGGGUAAAAGAAUUGGCAAGUUCAUAAAUUCUUCAGAUGAACCUCCUAAUAGCUUCAGGGAAUUUUACGAUAGCUGGCGUAGUAAACCUGUUGACUAUCACGGUCUUCUGUUACCUCGCAUCGAUGGUCCUGAAAUCAAAGUUUGGGCACAACGGUAUUUACGAUGGAUUCCUGAAGCCCAGCUUCAUGGUGGUGGUACAAUAGCCACAGCUGCCAAGAUUUUGGACUUGAUGGAGGAAGUGCAAAGCUUGCAGGUGAAAAUGGAUGAAGAACAUAGUCAAGCUGUUUCUGGAGAUGUACAUUCUGCCGCACUGCUGAGAAAUUCUGCCCGUUUGUCAUCCUUGUUUCCAUUUGCUUUACUUCAGAGACAGUCUAUCAAACCAGCUUUGCCAACUAGCACCUGGAAGGACUUGGAAGAUGAAGAUGACUUGGUCAAAAGGGAUGACGAAUUUGUUGAUCUAAGUGAUGAUAUGUCAUAAAGUGUAUAUGAAUUAAAGUAUGAAUUGUAUGUGGCUAAGCUCCGAGUUUUAAAUGUUGUGCUGUAUCCUCAUAUAAGGAACUCAUUCAAGCAUCUUCAGCCUGUUUAAUGGGUUUGUGGCGUUAA